CAAAACUCCACCCUGAUUGAGAAAUAAAUGAUGAAAGAGAAGCAACUUCAUGUCGCUCUCUUCCCAUUCUUCCACAUUGUAGUCGUGCUACCCAAGCUGAUCAUCCUCCAUUUCCAGUAUUUUAGCAUCCUUCUAUCUAUUCUCUCCUCUGCAGAGCUUCAAAACAGUAGCAAUCUCAACUUUGCUACUCUUUAAUCCAAAUGAUCUCACUUUCAGUUGGGCAGUUGAGGAGCUCCUCAAAAUCAAGCAACAUGGGCGAGAACCCACAGUCAGUUCAAGCUGGUGGGGCUAACAUGGUGCAGACUAGGAACUUCUCCUUGGGUUCCACCAUUUUCGAACCUCAAGGGGAAGCUCCUACUCCAACUGGGUGGCAAGAGAUGUCUGGUUCCUCAGCAGGUCAUGCGCCUGAAAAGAAGUUGAUAUUAUUUGCUCUUUGGCUUGCGACUCUUGAAAAAGCAGCCAGUGGGGUAGGAGCCCUGGCUUUCAUCUGGGCAACUGUUGUUCUUCUGGGCGGCUACGCCAUCAAACUAGAUACCACGGACUUCUGGUUCAUCACCACCAUACUUUUAAUUGAAGGGACCAGAAUUUUCAGCCGGAGUCGUGAGCUCAAAUGGCAACACCAGUCUACGUCGAGGAUUGAAGAAGCUGGGAUAUAUAGUUUCAGGGUGCUGAAAUCCAGCUCCCAUUUCAUUGUUCAAAUCACAAAAGCAGUUUUCUGGCCAGUUACUAAAAGCCUGCCACACAGCAGCCAUGAUCGACGUGUGAAAGAGAGCACUGAUACAGAAAGAGCCAGCAAUCGGCUUCGAAGGAAAAUGCCAACACGGAUAUGGGCAACAUCAGACGUCCCCUUGCUUCCAUAUGCAGGAUGGGUUUUUCUGUCACGAAACAUUAGUAAGUUACUCUAUUGGCUUCAGCUUAUAUCGGCUACUGCCUGUGUGAUACUGUCCCUUGUGAGACUUAUUCAGCAGGACUUCGGAGAAUUAAAUGAUGAUCCUGACAAGAGGAACCAGAAAUCUGCUCUAAAUAUUUUCUAUGGGUUGGCACUGGCUGAAGCUUUGCUGUUUUUGAUGGAGAAGGCAUACUGGGAAUGGAAGGUCAUCUACUGUAAGAUAUUAGAACAGGUAAAUGAUGAGUGUGGGUUGGGAGAUUCCGGCAUGGUUUCGAUCAAACGGUUCUUUUAUGAUGCAUAUUCGAAAUGCAUUAAUGGCAGCAUCUUUGAUGGUUUAAAGAUGGAUCUGGUUUCUUUUGCCAUGGAGCUCUUGGCCUCUGAUUCCUGUGAUGAGCAGCUCAUUGGAGCUCGGAUUCUUCAAAAGUUCUCAACCAAUCAAGAUUUUUCCAAAGAAACACUCCAAAAGAUUGGCAUAUCUAUAUCAGUGAUUGAGAGAUUGGUUGAGAUGUUGAACUGGAAGGACCCUCAAGAAGAAGAAAUCAGGCGCUGUGCUGCAGAUAUCUUGUCAGAACUAGCACAGAAGCAGCAAAACUCCCUCCGAGUUGCUGGAGUUCCUGGUGCUAUGGAAUCGAUAUCAUCACUGCUUUGUACUUGUCGAAGUUCCAAUGGUGAAGUGGAUGAAAUUUGCCAGAAAAAUGUCAUAUGCGACCAGAAAUUUUAUGAUUUUUCAGCUUUCAAUCUUUUGGGCCUUCGCAUUCUAAAAUGCCUUGCACGAGAUCAUGAUAACUGUGGGAAGAUAGGGAGCACAAGAGGCCUCCUGUCGAAAGUUAUCGAGUUCACACAUGUUGAAGAGAGGUUGCUGAGGGAUGAAAGUGUGCCUGAUUUUCAUGUUAAGACAGUGAAACUAUCCCUGCAAGUGGUGAAGAUGCUCGCUAGUACCACAGGAAACACAGGAAAAGUUCUUCGGCAGAAGAUCUCUGAGAUUGUUUUCACUGUCAGCAACAUCAGAAAUAUUCUACAGUACGGUGGCAAGCAGCCUGAGCUGCAAAGACUGGGAAUUGAAAUCUUAACUAGUUUGGCCUUCGAAGAGGAAACAGCAGAGAGGAUUGGAAGCACUGGUGGAAUUAUUAAAGAGCUACUCCAUAUUUUCUUCGAGCAACAGACGCCUAUUUUCUCUAAGAAAGAAACUGCAAAAAAUCAGAAACAUGUCAGGGUUGCAGCUGGAGAAGCACUUGCAAUGCUGGCAUUGCAGAGCAAGAGCAACUGUCAUCAGGUAUUGAAGCUGGGAGUGAUAAAUAAGUUUGUUCUAGCACUGGAGGAACCUGUAUUUUGCCUACAUUCAGCAAGAAUUUUGAAGAACAUAUGUGCCCAUAUUGGGCAAGAACCAGAUUGCUUACUCCAUUUGAAGGAGAUCACUGAUUCUGCACCCACUGUGCUCAAGGCAAUAGCAUCAGAGAACAACAAAAUAAAGGAAGUAAUGAUUGGACUUGCAGCAGAGAUUUUCAGGUUAAUGACUUCUGAAGAAGCAGAUGGAGUGUUUGAUCAAACAAACAUCAGAAAGAGCAGUUUAGCCCAGGAGCUUGUGCAGAUUCUGCUAAGUUACAAGUAUCCCCAUAUCAGAGUUCCACAAAUAAGGAGGUUUAUAAUUGAGCUGGCAAUUUGGAUGAUUAGAGACAGUGAGGAAAACAUGCAUAUCUUCAAGCAACUUGGAAUGGAAGAGGAGCUUCAGAAUGUCAUAGAGACAACAUCAGAGCUUGAAAACUUCAAUAUUUUCUCAGGGACUGUUGGCCUAAGCCCACAUAAUACAACAAUCCAUUCACUUGUUGACUCUGCAUUAGAAUUGCUGGCUGCAGUGUAAAAACUGGGUACAGAGAGUUUAUCUCCCCCUUUCCUUUGUACUUAAUCUCUAUUUUUCUUAAUGAAAGCGAUUUGUUAUUGAUCAAAAAAAAAAAAAAAGAAAACUGAAUCCACAAACCCAACAAUAUGUAUGUAUCAUUGUUUCAGAUUCAUACGAUAUCAAUGUUUUCUCUUGUCAGAAACAUCUGUAUGUGGUUCCUUCCUACCCAUGGAAAUUUGUAAUACCUGCCUCCAUUUUUUUUUUUCAAAUACGAAAGUGUUGAUGAAUAAAGAAUGAAUUUG